CCUAUUUCAGAUGCAAUGGUUGUUAAAAGGAAAAUGGGAACCAACCAGCAGUUUUCUUUACGUUGGAACAAUUACUUACGCCACAUUACAUGUGCUUUCGACUCUCUGCGGAGUGAUGAAGAUCUUGUGGAUGUGACUCUGAGUUGUGAAGGAAAGCGAAUACGAGCCCACAAGAUGCUAUUGUCUGCUUGUAGUUCAUAUUUCAGAGAUCUUUUCAAGGAGAACCCUUGCCAGCAUCCUGUGAUAAUAUUCAGAAACGUAAAAUUUGAAGAUCUGGCAGCAUUAGUAGAUUUCAUGUACCAAGGUGAAGUGAAUGUUGUACAAGAUCAGCUUUCAUCUUUUCUUACAACAGCUGAAUUGUUGGCAGUUCAGGGACUCUCUGAUGGGAACGGAAACGACCACGGAUCUGAUGAUCCAAAGGAGGUUGAAUUACCCGAUUCUCCAUUGUUGCCACCUGAGCCAGAAGUUCAACUUAGUAAUAAUACUCAUGGACAGAAACAGUUAUCAACUUCUAGUAGUGUGAGUGGAAGUGUCUCUUCACCUGUUUCUUUCUUCCCUGUGGACCAACGGCCUGACUCUCCACCCUGCAACAAGCGACGGAAAUGGGGAGGUAGUGUAGGGGGGACUGUGAAGAGUGGAAACAAUCCUGUACUACCUAGUAGGGAAACAGUUGAGAAGGAUGGGGAAAGAGAAAGGGAAACUGAAAGGAGACGGGUUUCAGCUGCAUCUGCAACUUCAUCAAUCAGUAAAUCAAGCCAAGACCCUAUUGAAAUUAUUCCAGUUCCAAACUUGAAAUUGGAAAUGCCAGACUACAUGGAACAAGAACAGGAUGCCUCUUCUUGUAGUUAUAGUGACUCCAAUCAAGGUGGUGGUGGCAGCGGUGGUGGUCAGGGUUCAAGUCGAGACCCCUUGCCUCCUAUGUCACAGCUUCUUGCACAUGGUACAUCAACAGACAGCAAACAAGAACCAUCAGAAAUGUAUAGCACCAAUUCUGGGGAUUCAACACUUCCACCCUCAGCAGAAAGUCUGUCAGCAUCAGAUAUAAGUCAGAUACUAGCCAAACCUGGACCAUCAGGAGAGAACCAGUCACAGGAUUCCUUACAGGGUGAGGAAAACAAUUCACGGUACCCAGGUUACUUGCUGAUUGGAGACCGCUACAUGUGCAUGCUCUGUCAGCACACAUUCAACACAUUGCCGAUUCUAUCUCGCCAUAUCGCAGCCAAGCAUCAGAAGCAGGACUCCGUCUUCUUUUGUGACAAAUGCAACCGGUACUUCAAGACAAAGUGGAGUUUAUCAACUCACAACAGUCGGUACCACAAGUCUCCAGCUUUCCCAGAACAGAUUGGGCAUGAUGGAAACAACCACUAAAUAAAAAUUAUUUAUUUUAAAAGUUAGAGCUAUUGUUAAUGUAUAUUUUCACUCAUUUGAACAGAUAGUGAGAGAAUGUUUUAUUACACAGUGUACUUAUUUCUACUUAUUGUGUUCCAAUCUUAUUCAUAUGUAAAUCGUUAACUCAGUCCUUCAGUCUAUAAUAAGCAUGAACUUUCCAAUUGACACUGAAUAAGAACUGGUAGUGAACCAUGAUUUAUUAACCAUUAUAAUUUGUAUCUUGUGAAUAUGCACUAAUUUCUGGUGUGAAGGCAAGUAUCCAUUUUUUAUUACACUGGUAUGGUAUGGAAUGGUAAGUUUGUACCAUAAUGAAACAUGAAUUGUCUCUAUUGCCUUUCCAGUAUUAAAUGUUCUUAAUCAUUAUAAAAUUAUUAUAAUAGUUAAAUGCGACUGGCACUUCCCAGCUCCCAGUAGAAACUACAUGACUCCCUGCCAAGCACUAUAUGGUUUUCCCAGUUCAAUUAAAGUAUCACUCCAUAAAAACAAUAAAAUCAACAUGCCUAUAUUACAAGAUGUGCUGAAAACACUAUCCGUGUUCAAACACUCUGUACCAUUUAAAUAUGUUGAAAUUGCAUCAUGAAGAGGAACUUUGUGAAUUAAAUUCCAACAUGAUUAUUCUGGGAGGAAGCAUGUCCAAGAAAAUGAAACCAUGCUUCACUGUGCAUGUGUGUGUUUGUGCGCAUGUGUGCCUGCAUGAAAUUGAAGAGAGGCAAAUGAUGGUCAACAUCACCAUAAUUAACUGAUUACAAAAACCAGUUGCAGAAACUAAUCCUAAUACCUGAGUCACAUGCUUGCGAAGCAUAAACUACAAUCACAUUAUAUGUCUCAUAUUUAAGUAGCUUUGGCUGCUGGCAGUUUCAGGAUGCUGGUCUCUUAUGCAAGGUGGCCCAAUGUUUUCACUGGUGUGUUCUGACUUAGCCCCUAUUUCAUCCAGUUUUUCUUCUGGAAGGACGUAGUAUUUAUUAACAGGUUUCUUGUCCAGAAGAGACCCAGUAGACCUGACUUCAGCAGCAAUUGCUGUUUGAACUUUGUGUUGAGUCAUGCAGUUAUUGCCAGGAGCUGGGAAGUGAUAGUUAUGUUUAUAUUUGUCAGUGGAUGCACUGUAUGUUAAUGGACAAUUCUAUUUUGUGAUAAAAAUUCACCAUUCCAGCAAAUCCUUGCAGGACAUCUUAAAAAACUUCACAGGUGUGGCCAAAUGAACAAUUGCAGGGAUUAUGUCUGAAAUAGGAUACAGAGAAUACAUAUGAUUUUAUUAAACAUUUACUCUAAUAUGUUUUCUGUGUAUUAAGAAGUAAAACCCUCUUAUUCAUGAUUCUUAAAUAAAAUAGCCAAGGGGUUUUUAUGGGGGCUGGAAUCCUCUUUGCUUUCAUUUAUUUCUAAUAUAUGCUGUGUGAAACCCCAGAGUCUUCAGGAUUUCCAUGGAACCCCUCUACUCCACAAUUACAGAUAGAAAUGCUGAUUCUGUGCCAUAGUAAGCCAUUUUAUCAUAAAGUCUGGUAAAAGAAAUAGAAAACAAGAAUUUUGAGUGACCUCUAUGUGUGUGUGUAUGAUUUCUAUUUAAAAGUGAAAGCUUAUAUUUUGUAGUAUUUAAGGGACUGACAUUGUAUUUUUGUGGACUUGAAGUGAAAAGGUAUUUAGUGGAAAUGGUGAUUCUUUGAACUUAUUGUGAUUAAUUUUUGGGAUAGUAUGAUUCAAGCAUAAUCAUGAGUCAGAAUGUUCAGUGUGCAAAUUUAUUGUCAUUACAUAGCUAUGUAAUGUUGGAUUUUCACAGUACAUAGCUGAAAAACAAAAAAUAUAGGAAUAUUGGUUGCUGUGUGCAAAAAGAAUUAGAAUUUUUUUAUAUUAAGACAUUUGAUGAAAUUGUGAUAAUGAAAGCAGAAACUUUCCUCUCAGCAGUCUAAAAUUUUAUUUGCCACUGUCAUCUUUUAAAAACUGCCAUUUCUAUGUCCCUUUUAAUAACCAAUAUUUAGAUUUUGUCUGAGGUUCUUUCAGUACGUCUGUUGACCAAAUGUAUUCAGUGGAACGUUUGGUACCCACUAGUGUGUUAAUAUUGACCUUUAUCAUCUGUAUGUCACUGCUUAUGCCUGGUUCAGCUGAUCAUGCAGUUCACUAGCAUACUACUAAACCAUUAAUUCUGAAGUUAAAGUCCUGCUAGGAGCCAUGUAGUAUGUGGUUUGAAUCCCCCAUUCCUGCAUGAUAAAGUCUGAGCAAGACGUUUAUUCAGCUUGAUCAACCCCAUUUUUUUAAAUUAGGAGCCAUAUCUUUCAUGACAUUUCUAAUAAAAAUCCUGUACAGAUGUCUGAUUUUCCUAUUUCUGCUACAUGUUCAGUUCUUUAAACCUGCUUAACUGUUAUAAUGGUAACAUGAAGAGUACAAAUUAGAUUUUGUUUUUCUUUGUUUCUGUUAUAUCAUCUCUUACAUUAUAUUCUCCUAGUUCUCUGUUUUUAAAUACUGCUACCUUCAAUACUUGUUCUGUCAGAGAGUUUUGUUCCCAUAAAACAGAAAAGACAAAAAUAUAUUUUAGUCUGUGUUUAUUGUAUUCUCAAUGUAAUUAUUGUAUUUCCCACUAAGAUGCAUAAUGGUUUGCUUACUUACUCUAUGGAACCAAGUCUUUCCCAAGAAGCCAACAGUUAUUCAGCCACUCAAAUUCCAAUAUUUUGUUGAACCUGAAGGUCCACUACCAUUUUCACAAAAAUCCACCACUGGCCCCUAUCCUGGCCCAGAUAAAUCCAGUCCAUACCAAUGCAUCUUAUUUCUAUAAGACCCAUUUUAAUAUUGUCCUCCCACCUAUGUCUAGGUCUUCCUAGUGGCCUCUUUCCAUUUGGUUUGCCUACCAAAACCCUGUAUGCAUUCCUAUUCUCUCCCAUGCAGGCUACAUGCCCUGCCCAUCUCACCCUCAGUCUAAUUAUAUUUGGCAAUGAAUACAACUUUUGAAGCUCCUCAUUAUGCAUCUUUCUCUAGCCUCCUAGUAAAUCAUCUCUCUUAGGUGGUCCAAAUAUUCUUCUCAGCACCCUGUUCUCAAACACCCUCAGUCUAUGUGCCUCCCUUUGCAUCAGAGACUAAGUUUUACACCCAUGCAAACUACAGGUAUAAUUAUAGUUUUGUAUAUUUUAAUCUUUACAUUUUUAGACAGCAGAUGAAAAUACAAAGGUUCUGAACUGAGUGAAAUCUGAUCUUAAUUUUCUUGUGAAUCAAAUUUUGAUUUCUUAUUGUGCUCCCAAAUGUCUAAACGUUGUCAUAUUUUCAUAGGAUCCAUUAGCUAUCUUUAUAAUACAAGUUUGCCCUGCAUUCUGGUGAUGAGACAUCAACAUAUACUUGUUUUUGCCAUGUUUAGUUCUAGACCAAUCUCCUUACUAGUGUCAACUAGAGCAUGUGUUUUUCUUUAUCGUAUUUAUGUUAUCCCCAGUAGAUUUACAUCAUCAGCAUAGACCAGAAGCUGAUAUGUCCCACUCAAUUUCAGACUCACAUGGUUUUCUUGGACUUUCUUUAUAGCAUAUUUUAAAGCAAAGUUGAAAAACAGUCACAAUAAAGCAUCUCCUUGUUUUAAACAAUUUUGAAUAGGAAACAUGUCAAAUACGUUUACCUAUAUGGACAUUACUAUAUGUUUAAUUUAAACACAUUUUAAUAAGCCAAACAAGUUUCAUGGGUAUACCAAACUCAAUGAGAAUAUUGUACAAUACUUCCCAUCUAACUAAAUUAUAUGCUUUAAGUCUGUGAAUAACUGAUGUACUGUCUGAUUGUACUCCCAUUUGUCCAUAGUAUUUGAAGAAUACAAAAAUGUUAUCAAUAGUUGACCUAUUAUGUUGAAACCAACACUGAUGAUCCCCAAUAAUUUUGUCUAUGUGUGGACUUAACCUUGAGAAGGUGGUGGAUUAAAUUUUGUAUGAAGCUGAUAACAGUAAAUAUGCCUCAAUAAUUACUACAGUCAGUUUUAUCCCCCUUCUUGUAAAUUGGUAAAAUACAUGAUGAUUUAGGAAGGAGAAAUUAAAUAUUUUUACACAGAUAAAAAAAACUGUACAGUGUUAUUCCCAAUGAGUUGAACCUACAUAAGUUAAAAUACAACACUAAAUACAGAUGAAACAUAAAAGGGGAAGUGCUUGUAAGAAAAUGUCAAAUGGUAAAGGUUUGCAUCAGAUUCUGAGAAGUUUAGAUAAAGAACUGAUUAAAUAUUAAGAAGGGAAUUACAGAUUCUAGACCAGUAUGAAAAGGAAAGGACAUAAAUUGAUAUUUCUGAGUCGCUUCCUAGGAAAUGGCAGCUUCUCAACCAUAGUUCUAAUGUAAUAUUUGAGGUUUUCACAGCAGUGAGUAUGAAGAUUUCUGUCUUCUGGGUUGUUGCACCAUGUAGUCUGGUCGACCAGACUACACGGCGCAACAAACCAGAAGACAGAAAUCUUCAUAGUUCUAAUAUUUGUCUCAUUUUCAUUUAUACUUCCCAAUGUGGAAGACCACUGUGAUUUUUAGAGCCAUUUUCAAAGAAAAUACACCAGUAAAUAUGAUAACUGAUCACCUUCAUUUGUUAGUGUUAUUCUUAAGUACUUGAAUUUUACAGUGGUUCCAAAGGAAAUAUUACCGUAGUGCUAGAAUAUGGUUUUUUCCUAGAUUUGAGUUUUGCGACAUGAACUUGUAUUAUAUUAUUCCUACAUGUAUUUCCAUGUUCUUAUAUGGUAUGUAUGUUUCCACUUAAUAAAUUACUAUUGUCAGCA